AAUGGAGAUGGACGGCAUUUACACUGGGCUGCAGAAACCCUCGGAGGAUGUCUACUCCACAGUAAACCAGCCCCAGGGCAAGAGAGCAGGUGCACAACAAGGGGACCCCACUGCUGGUAAAGCUCCUCCAUACAGACAGGCUGCAUUGGUCCUGGCAGGGCUGUGUGCUCUCUCAGUGGCUGCCAUUAUAUUCCUCACAGUCUACAUGUUCACACUGGAGAAGAACUACAGCAUCAUCUCAGAGAAUUACUCAGCACUGGACCAGUACUGCCCCGUGACAAACACCUCUUCCAAGGAGCGAGUUUGUGAAGCCUGUCCACAGAACUGGGAUCUGUUCAAUGGCAAGUGUUACUACUUCUCCACUGAUAGAAUGAACUGGACCUCCAGCCGUGAUAACUGCACAUCCCUGGGGGGGCACCUGGUGAUUAUAGAGAGUGAUGUAGAGCAGAGAUUCCUAUCGGAUAAGGCUUUGAUCAUCACAAGGAGCUCACAAGGAGCUUACAGGUAUGAAGAUAAAUCCUACUGGAUCGGCCUGACUGACGCUGUUACUGAAGGAACCUGGCUCUGGGUGGACGGCACUCCUCUCAUUGACAAUGUCCAAGCAAAAUUCUGGGCCACAAGGACACAUGAUAAUGGUAAAGAGCCUGAUGAUAAUAAGAGAGAGGACCCGUCUGGUGAAGACUGUGCACAACUACAAACAAACAGGAAUUCCAAAGAGACCUGGUUUGAUUCUUCAUGCAAAAAACAAUAUAAAAGGAUUUGUGAAACUAAGGCAUUGAUAGUUUAUAAAGAGGAUAUGACAGGUUGACCGAGUGACGACGUCCCCAGAGCAGAAAGCUGACACAGACACACACAGGCAGGUACUCGGGUGAAAGCGCUGGGCGCGCGUAUUUAUUUAAAAAUAAAAUUAAACAAAAAAAAAAACAGAGCAAAAUAAAUAUUUAAACCAAAACAAAUCACGAACACUUAAAAACAAAACGAUACCUAGGUCAGGCUGGGCAGUCGCCUUCACUGAUCCUGUAGUACUCGAGUUUUAUUUUUACUUUCGUUUUUCACCCGUCUCACUCUCGUUCCUCCUCUGAAACACCCACCCAGAACACAGAAACAGACAGGUUCAUAUACUCGAGGCCAUCUCCGAAUCAACACCCAAUUCAUUAAUUUGGAUACGGACACAUUCUGCACGAGAGUUUUGGUUUGCGUGGCCGACAGUCAAUUUGUCAAUAAUCACCGACUGCUGCCCCGCCCCCUCUAACAACGUGCAGGGCUUCUCUUCUGCCCUGCCACACAGGACAAUCAGGAAAAAAGAAACUAACGUCACUGAAGCACAAAGAGAGACGAGAAAGAAUAGAAGAAACUCAGUUCAGAUAGACAAGCAUGCAGGUCAUCCCCCAACAUUACCAUAUUAACCGUUUGAUUCCCACAUUAUGAGAAAGCAGAGAUAACAAUGAGCUGGUGGUGGUUUGUACUGAAUGAAGUCUGGCCUUGAGAACAGAAUUGCAUUGUUUGUUCAGAAACAAAACUGAAACAUUAAGAAUCUCACAAUAUGAAAGAGCAGCUGAGAUAUAAAACUGCUCUCAGGUAGUUUAGCAACGUGAACUGAAAGGUCAGUGUUUAUUUAAAACCACUGCACACACGGACCCAGAAGACUCCCUAACCAUGAUCUCCUGUGAAAAAAAAAAAAACAAGAAGUUAUCAUGUUCACCAUGCAGAGUGGGACAGACAAAGACCCAGUCAGUGCAGAAAGCUCCACAUCUUGAAUGAGGACCCCAACAACAAGAUUGGGAAUCAAAGUCUUAAUCGUAAUGAUGGGGAGAUUCAACCUGAUUCCUCACAGAGAGGGGCCAGCCCUACCUAACUGAUAGAAGCACACCCCCACAAACAGUCUGAACCAGCGCACUGAUGAA